AGAACUACAACCCCCAUCAGCCCAAUAGACCGUAUUAGGUCGACGUGUAUGUUCGCUCAGCCGGCGCAGAUAUUGAAUGAACAGCUCAUAUACUGUUAUCCAUAACAUUUUGGGUUGGAACCAUGGCCGGAGAAAUGUCCAUAAUAGGUUCUGUCAUCCUGGCUUUGUUCCUGGCAGGGUAUCUGGGACAGCAGUACUUGCCCCCUCCGAAGCCCAAGGUCAUUGGGUUGGAUCUUGGGACCACUUUCUGCUCCGUGGGAGUGUUUCAGCCUGGCACAGGCGAGAUUGAGAUUAUUGAAGAUGACAAAGGCCGCAAAAGCAUUCCAAGUGUGGUGUCCUUCACCCCCUCCGGUGUGUUUUCUGGACAUGAGGGUCAGGAACUGUCUGACAUAAAUCCUCAAAACACAAUCUACGACACCAAGAGAUUUAUAGGGAAGAUUUUUGACCAAGAGUCUUUAGAGAAAGAGAGCACACGAUACCCAUUUAAGGUGAUAUUCAACAAUGGGAGUGCAGAAUUUUUAGUCUCUACAAAUAGCACUUUCACAGUUACUCCUGAAUUCAUCGGAUCCCAUCUCCUCCUGAAAAUGAAAAAGAUGGCAGAAAAGCAACUGGGAAUACCUAUUGAUAAAGCCGUCAUAUCAGUGCCUGCAGAGUUUGAUGAGAGGCAAAGAAACUACACAAUAAGAGCUGCUAACCUAGCUGGCCUGGACGUCCUGCGGGUGAUCAACGAGCCCACGGCGGCGGCAAUGGCUUAUGGACUGCAUAAAGCAGAAGUGUUUAAUGUGCUGGUGGUGGAUCUUGGAGGAGGAACACUAGAUGUGUCACUUCUCAAUAAGCAGGGUGGCAUGUUCCUCACCAGAGCAAUGGCAGGUAAUAAUAAGCUAGGAGGGCAGGACUUCACCCAGCGUUUGCUGCAGUACACCAUCGAGCGAGUGCGGCAGCAGUACGGCGUGCCGCCCACUCUUAAAGAAGACAUCCACCUUCUCCGACAGGCCGUAGAAGCCGCCAAACUCAACCUCACCCAAGAACCUCAUGUUCAUCUCCAAGUUCCUAUUCACCUGCAGACAACGGGAGCGAAUGGAGCACAGGAGGAAAAAGUCCUGUUUCAGGAGAAGCUGACACGGGAACUCUUUGAGGAGCUGAAUGCAGAUCUCUUCCAGAAGAUUCUGGCACCCAUUGAGACUGUCCUCAUAGAGGGCCAUCUAGAGAAAGAGGAAGUGGACGAAAUUGUCCUGGUCGGAGGGUCUACAAGAAUCCCUCGCAUAAGACAGCUCAUCAGGCAGUACUUUGGGAAGAAGCCGAAUACCUCCGUGGACCCUGACCUGGCCGUGGUGACCGGGGUGGCCAUUCAGGCAGGCAUCAUGGGAGGCUCUUGGCCUCUCCAGGUCAGCGCAAUUGAGAUUCCAAACAGACAUCUUCGCAAAACCAACUUCAGCUGAUUGCUUGAGAGACUUGGUUGAAGAACUGUUACCUGGACAUUUGUCACGUGACUGCGAGCUGCCAAAAAAAAAAAAACGGUUAAACAAUGUGUGUGUUAUGUUUUUGCUACCUUAUAUGCAUUAGCUUUGAAGUGAAUUCCUGAUAUUGGGCCAAACACAGUGGUUACUUGAACAUUUGUGCCAAUGUCUGGUCUUGUUGGUCCAAAUUACAAUUUAUACAUUGAUCUUCAGAACAGAUGCAGACUAUUUUAGUUCUUUGUUAUAAAAAUUGCCAUCUUUGUGCCUAACUGGUACUAAUUGUGCAAUAAGUCUUUGACAAUUUGUUUUGCCAGGUUCAAUGUUGUAUUCAGGGAAGCAGCUGUUUGUAACUGAAUGAUCAUUCCAGUCUCAGCUAUUUAUUUAUUUAUUUAGCUAUUAAGUCUAGUUGAUAUCAGCUAGCUGUUUCUGUCUACUCGAGUUUUGCUUGUGACUUUUUAAUCAUUUCAACAGUUAAAUGUGUACCGCAGACUAAGCAUAGUAUGAUUUUGACUUUAUUUUUUAAAGACUUGUCUUUUUUGUGUUUUUUUUUUUCCUAAUAGAAUUAAGUAUUAUUAAAUGAUAAUACCACCUGCUGACUGUUAAAUAUAAAUCAUUUAAAAUGUA